CGCAGCCGCUGCCGCUGCCGCUGCUGCUGCUUCUCUUCUCUUCUCCUCCGCUGCGCUGCGCUGCGCUGCCUGAUCACUCCUCUUCCUCCAGGAUCCAGCUCACACACCCAUCCAUCCACGCAAAUCCAGAACCUUCUGGAUCCGCCCGCCUCCCCCGAUCCGAUCGCCUCCGCCCGAUCGGAUCCCCCAAGGGUUUUCCGGUUUGCCGCCCGCGAUUUAGAUGGUUUACGAUGGCGCCGUGAAGGACCAGGAGAGCUCGGCUAACCCGGCGUCGGCGGCAUCGCCUGCUCUGUCGGAGGCAUCGGCGGCGGAGGCGGCGCCAUCCGAGGUGACGGAGGUUGCGGCAGCGGCGGAGGAGAGUGGGCGGCCGCCGAGGCCCGGCCACGACAAGCGGCUCGGUGUGCGGCAUCCCUUGAAGCACCGCCGGUUCCGCGCGGGUGGGAAGGUCAUGGUGGAGCCCGGGGAUCCGCCGUCCGCCCAGGAGGUGGUGGAUGAGGAGGCUAGCGAGGUGGAGCAGGAGGCGCUGCCGGUGGAGAGGGAACCACAUGAGGAGGAGCCUGGUGACGUAGAGGUAUCAUCAGCACCGGUAGAGAUGGAGGUUGUGGAGGGCGAUGCAAUGGAGGAGGAGUCACCUGAGCCAGCAGUGGCUGUGGGGGACUCGGAGUUGGAGGGCCGCCCAGGCGAGGAGGAGGAGGAGGUCUCGUCGCCUGUUGUGCCCCAAGGGGAGAGGAAGCAGGAGACUGCUGCUGCAGCUCCUGAGCCAGCAAUGGAGGAGAAGAAACACAAGGAUCAAGAGAAAAAACAGAAAGAGAGGGAAAGGGAGAAGGAGAGAGAGAGGGUGGAUGAAGUGGGCUACAUGAGUGGUGGAUGGAAGAGUGAGGAUGGAUUUCUGAGUUGUGGAUAUUCGAGUUUUAGAGGAAAAAGGGCAAGCAUGGAAGACUUCUAUGAUAUAAAAUCAUGUAAAAUUGAUGAUAACCAAAUAAGCCUCUUUGGAAUAUUUGAUGGUCAUGGUGGUUCACGUGCUGCUGAGUAUUUGAAGGAGCAUUUGUUUGAGAACCUCAUGAAACAUCCAGAGUUCAUGACAAAUACAAAAUUAGCAAUAAGUGAAACAUAUAAAAAAACUGAUUCAGACUUUUUGGAUUCUGAAAGCCACACUCAUAGAGAUGAUGGAUCAACUGCGUCGACAGCGGUUUUGGUUAGAAACCAUCUUUAUGUGGCAAAUGUUGGUGAUUCUCGUGCUGUAAUAUCGAAGGCUGGCAAAGCUAUUGCACUCUCCGAGGAUCACAAGCCAAACAGAAGCGAUGAAAGAAAGCGAAUUGAGAGUGCUGGUGGGGUUGUUAUGUGGGCUGGAACUUGGAGGGUGGGUGGUGUACUUGCAAUGUCUCGGGCAUUCGGCAACCGCUUGCUGAAACAAUUUGUUGUUGCAGACCCUGAGAUUCAGGAACAAAAAAUAGACGAUGAAUUGGAGUUUCUGAUUUUAGCUAGUGAUGGGCUGUGGGAUGUGGUUCCUAACGAGGAUGCUGUUUCACUUGUGAAGAUUGAGGAGGAACCUGAAGCUGCAGCUCGGAAGCUUACGGAGACUGCAUUUUCCCGAGGGAGUGGUGACAAUAUCACAUGCAUCGUUGUGAAAUUUCAACAUGACAAGAUGGACGGUGAUUCCGCACCUUCAGGCGAUAAAAGUUGAUUCCAUUUGUUGCUAUACAUGUUGUUCGGUCGUUUAACUUAAGCUGGAUUUUGCCGGCUUCAUGGUCCGUAUAAUGGCACAGCUGGUACUGAAGACUUGCUUCAUGUUCGCCUGUCUAUAUAUCCCUAAUUUUGGUGCC